AUGCUGAACGUGAAAACGGUCAACAACAAGAUCCCAUUCGACAUGAAAACGCGUUGGUCGAAGGCCAUCAUUGGCGUCCGGGACAUUCUCAAGCAGCAGGCAUGCAGAUAUUCGGCCGUGGUGGAUAAUACGACGGCGAGGAUGAUCGCCUACGCUUUGGAGAUUGCAGCCGUGACUUUCAUGCAACUUGAAUGGACAGUCGAGCUUUUCUACGAGGUGUUGAAGAAAUGUUUUGAACGGGUCGCGAAAAAAAGCUCUGGCUCACUAGCAACAAUGAUAAGGGAAGCUAAGGAUGACGAGUUGCUGGAGCGUCUACUGUGGACGUAUCGAGGCUUGAUGAAAACUAUGAAAACUCUUUCAAAUAACGAAGCACCGCAACGCAUUUCUGUGAUACUCAGCAUGAUGGAAAUCAUGAUGGAGGUAGAUGCUGGACGCAAGUGUGAAAAAGAUGUUCGGAAUGUGGUGCACCAGGCCAGAAGCUGGGUGUCUAAGACCACUCGUCAAGACUACAUGUCCUAUAGACUUCGCUGUUUCGCUGGCAAAGCUGCAGUGUAUGCUGAGAAUAUGAAGAACAGCCAGGCUGAGCUGAGCAGCAUCGCAAAAAUCACGAACGCAUUGAAUAAUAGCAGCAAGCAACAAACGCCCAAGCUACAAAUUGUAGCCAUGUCCUUCUCGUUCAACUUCGCCUUUGACAGUGUGUCGGCUGCGCCAACAGCAACGGCGCCGCCCAGCACAUUGGAUGUGUCCACGCCCAUGCGCAAUGGCGAGAAGUUCGUGUGGUCUCCGUCUUCUUCCGCCUUUUCCACCGUGCAAGUGGGCGACAUGACGUUUGAGAUCGUCAAUACUACGGACGCGGACUUCCAGACCCGCACAGGCGCCAUCAGCUCCAUCUUGACGACGUCCGAUGUCGAAACAGGUGUGUAUGAGGGCGGAUUUAAGCUCUGGGAGUGCGCUGUAGACCUCGUCAAGUUCGUAGAGACGCAGCUGCGUCAGGGAAAGCUUACGAUGCCUCCAUCUGUGUUGGAACUGGGCUGUGGCCACGGAUUACCUGGUAUUCACGCGCUACAACGAGGUGCAGAUCGCGUUGUGUUCAGUGACUAUAACAAGGAGGUGCUGGAGCUCACGACAUGCCCCAAUGUACACCAGAACGCUCAGGAGCUGUACAAUAAAGCCGAGUUUUAUGCUGGAGCAUGGACUGGUAUGUCCCAAUACAUGAAAGACGUGGAGCAUCAGACGGAAGAUCAAAUGCAGUUCGACCUCAUUUUAACAGCCGAGACCAUCUACACGGAGAAAGUGGCAGUGGAACUGUUCCAGACGAUCAAGAGACAUUUACGUCGCUCUCCGAACGCCCGUGCACUAGUGGCGGCGAAGAAGUACUACUUCGGCACCAAUGGCAGCGUACAACACUUCGUAGGUCUCGUGCAAGCCGACGGGGUCUUCCGAGCCGAAACUCUAUGGGAAGAACGCGACUGCAAGUCGAAUAUUCGCGAGAUCGUGCAGCUCACUUAUCCCUGCUAA